CUUUGCCAAACACGUGCAGGCUACAAACAUAGCUAACGUGCUAGGAUUCUUAGCAUGUGACAUUCGUAUGGGACUGAUACGUUAUUCUUAUAAAACUGUUGGAUAUUUUGCACAUGUAUAAUAUGUAUAACACUUAUUCAACCGGAUUGUUGAUGAAGUAAACGCUAAAGUAAAUAAUCAGCAGUAUUGAGUAGCCAGGGCUAGCUAUAGCUUAAUAACUAACCGUGAGCACCGACUGUUAUUGACUUCUUCUUCAUCAUGGGUGACCGUGAGGAAGAGGAUGAUGAUGUGCCUCAGCUGUCGGCUGCUGCUCUGGCGGCUCUACAGGAGUUUUACGAGGAGAAUGAAGCAGGAACCACAGCACUGAGCCACAGCUACACUGUAGGGGCCAUUCAGGAGGACUGGCGGAUGAGCCAGUUCUGGUACAGUGAAGAGACCGCUACAAGGUUGGCUGAGGAAGCUGUACAGCAAGCAGGAAAACAGGGCAGGAUAGCAUGCAUCAGUGCACCAAGCAUCUACCAGAAGCUGAAGCAGCUUGAAUCCCAGAAAAUAGAUGGGUCACAUCGUGUGUCCGCUGUGUUGCUCGAGUUUGACCGCCGAUUUACUGUGUAUGGUGAUGAGUUCAUCUUCUAUGACUACAACAACCCACUGUGUUUGCCUGAAGAUGUCCUCCCUCAGAGUUUUGACAUCGUCGUUGCAGACCCUCCGUACCUAUCUGAGGAGUGUCUGAACAAGGUGGCACUCACAGUAAAAUAUCUCAGCAAGAGUAAAAUCCUUCUGUGCACAGGGGCUAUUAUGGAAGAGCAUGCUGGAAAACUUCUGGAUGUGAAGACAUGCAGUUAUCUACCCAAACAUAAUCACAACCUCGCCAAUGAGUUCAGGUGUUACGUUAACUAUGAGUCAACUCUACUCUAGGUUCAGAGUGAGACCUUAAAGUAAGGAUUUGGACUAUGGACUGUUGAGAUUUCAGACAAUUUAUUUAAUCCAAAUUUAUUAUGUGAUUAUUUUGUAUACCUCUUUUUUUUUUAAUUAUGAUUAGCAUGAAUUUUACAUAUUAUAAACAAUAGCAUUUGUGAUGCUUACUAUAGAAAAUAAAGCAUUGCUGAAAAACUGU